CUACUCUCAAGACAUUACUGGGCAGGCUCAGCACGUCAAACGUUGACCCUGCUGGCCCCACCGGAAGCGUUUCGAACUGUGUCUGUUCAGGCUUUAGCGGAAAUUCCAAAAGCAAAAGUGCCUGUGACUGCAGCAGGCGAGCCAGUCAUCGGUAAUAGCUAUCGACCACGUGACCGUCAUCCGCCACGCACUCACAAGCAGUUGCCUCGUUUGCAAGCUAGUGCCCGUACGUGCUGUUUUGCAGCUAAACGCUUGACAAAAAGAUGGCUUCCCUAAUGGAUAUGGUGUGGGACACUGCGGCCCACAUCCUCAGCGCAUUUGGCUUCCGUUUUGGAGGACUGCUUUUAUUUCUCGGUUUUCUGGUGACCCUAUUUGAGGUGGCGAACCUGCCCACCGAUCUGUUCGUCGACAAGCUCAUCCUCCUUGAAGAGUAUGACUACGUGAUCCUUGGUGGAGGCUCCGCAGGAUGCGUGCUGGCCAAUCGCCUGUCGGCCGACCAAAGCAAGAUGGUGCUGCUACUGGAGGCCGGUGGCAUGGAGGAUGCUUUCUCGCAGGUUCCACUGUUCGCGCCGCUGCUCAUCGGUGGUAGAUUCGACUGGAAAUACCUUCCUGAACCGCAGGAGUACGCAUGCCUCUCUAUGGAGCAUCAGAGGUGCCCGUGGGCCCGUGGCAUGGCUAUGGGUGGGUCUAGCGCAAUAAAUUUUAUGUUCUAUGUUCGAGGAAACCGGCGCGACUACGACAUAUGGAGGGACGACUUCGGAGCGCACGGUUGGUCUUACGAGGACGUGUUGCCGCACUUCAUGAACAUUGAGACGUCGAGCGUGCCAGACCAUGAUGAGCUUUAUCGUGGAACUACCGGUGAAAUGCCCGUGAUGUACGCGAACACGCAAACACGUCUGAGCGAAGUGCUCUUGGAAGCUUGCGAGGAGAAUGGCUACCCUAUCAUCGACUACAACGGAAGAUCUCAAGCAGGCUGCUCUAGACUGCAAGCCAAUGUGUUCGACGGUGAGCGCCACAGCGCCAGCAGGUCCUUUAUCACGCCAAUCCUCGACAGACGCAAUUUGCACAUUUCGCUGUGGAGCCGGGCUACGAAGGUGCUUUUUGAAAAAGACCGCGCUGUUGGAGUACGUUUCCUCAAAAAUGGUUGGAUGCGCACUGUCGGGGCGUUGCGCGAGGUCGUUAUCGCGGCCGGCGCAGUCGGAUCUCCACAGUUGCUCAUGCAUUCCGGUGUUGGACCUCGGCCUGAUCUUGAGAAGCUGAUGAUUCCUGUUCUGGCUGACCUGCCGGUAGGCAACAACCUUCAGGACCAUAUGCACGUCGAGGGCAUCUCUGGCACGAUCCGUCAUCCUGACGGAAUAGAACUUUUCCGGCCGUCCACGGUGCUGAACUACAUGUUCAGGCGGACAGGUCCAUUUUCUAUUCCUGGAUCCGUUGAGGCUCUUGCAUUUGUUAGCACGCCGUAUGUGAAUGCAUCGCUGGAAUUCCCGGAUGUUGAGAUCGUCCUGCAGUCCCUCCCUUCUUCAGCGGUUCCCUUGGAAUACUAUCUGACAAACAUGGAUCUCCGAAAAGACGUGUACGAUCAAUACUUCCUGCCCAAACGCGGACAUCACGGGUUCGCACUGGCUCCAGUGAUGAACAGGCCGAAAUCGAGAGGUUACGUGAAACUGAGGACAGCGAACCCGCUGGACCAACCCAUCAUUGACCCAAUGUAUUUGACGCAUCCUCACGAUCUUGCGGUGGCAGUUGAAGGGGUCAAGAUAGCGCUACGACUCAUGGAGAGCGACGCCAUGCGGGCCCUCAAAGCGAAGCCUUGGGACAUCCCUCUAGAUGCGUGCGUCCAUGCAGGCCCCAUAUGGAGUGACCCCUACAUAGCCUGCCUUGUACGCCACAUGGCUCACACCACGUGGCACGCCUGCUGCACGUGUCCCAUGGGUUCCGACGAAAGGGCCGUGGUGGACCACAGGCUCAGGGUUCGCGGCCUGAAGAGCCUUCGCGUCGUGGACGCAUCUGUCAUGCCAACAAUAGUAACUGGGAACCUCAACGCACCUGUGAUGAUGAUCGCCGACAAAGCAGCGGCUAUGAUUCUACAAGAUAAUGCGUAGCUAGUAUUUCUUUAUUUAUGCAU